AUGCAGCCGGAUAAAGAAGUUCGGGGCACCGAGGCCGUCGAUGCGGCCAGCUCCUCGCCAUCGCGUGAUAAUCGCUCCAAGGAGCAGAUGAUCGAAGACGCCUUGAACUGCCCGUGUGUAGAGUCACUGAAGGAGGGAUCGUGUGGUGGGGCUUUUAUCGCUGCGUAUCGGUGUUUUUUGGAAAGCGAAGCCGAGCCACGAGGUUCCGAUUGUUAUGAGGUGUUCCAGCGGAUGCAGGACUGCAUGCUCGCACACCCGGACGAGUAUCACUUUGACGAUCGCGAAGAGGAGGAGGCCGAGUUGGAGCGACGUUCGUCGUCCGUCGAAAACGGCAGGUCGGUUGUGGUGAAUCCAGAGCCGCUGCCGGCACCAGCUAGUGCCCCACCUUCAACUGGACGAGAUCCCAGUGAAUCAUUGGAGGGUGCGCGCACUCGAGCUGUUGUUGCGGCAGCGAGCUCCACCGAGGACGGGCAAAGCAAACCCGAGCAGGGCGCUCGUUCGAGAUGA